GACACACGUAGCCUACGUAGGCGAGUAUCCAACCGACCGACCAACCCCCUUCUCCCCCGCCCCCCCCGGUCGACUGGAGAACCGGCAAGCGGCGGGACGAGCGCUGCAGCUCCGACGGGACGGACAGGACGGAGGUCUCCACCGAACGAGGAGGUGUGUUACUGGGCUGAGUCCCCUCAUUGUGUGCAGCAGCACCAUGGCAGCUAUGGGACCUGAGGACAGAGUUGGAGCAGGGCCAGGCGGGACGGCAGUCUGCCAGGUGGGACUACAGGCCUGCACCGCUACAACCACGCACAACAGCAACGGGCCUGACACGCAGCAGACUCUGGUGUGUACACAGAGGCGUGUCCAGGCUGGGAAAACAUUCGUGGAGAGCAGACAUCACGAGAACAAAACAUCCGUUCCCCCGGCACAAAGGGAGGCUGAGCGAGGCUGGAAAAACCUGGCAGCUCCCUUGGAAACUAUGGGACCCACAAUGCACCUCACCAAUGCACCAGCUACUAGAGAGGUGCCUUACAGUUUCCGCAGCCCAGAGUCAGUGGAGAUGGACGAGAUCAUGGCCGCCAUGGUUCUGACCAGUCUGUCCUGCAGCCCCGUGGUCCAGAGCCCUCCACACACAGAUCCUGUACCAGCCGGCUCAUCAUCGUCAGCUGACAUGGAGUGUGGUGGCGGCGAGCUCUCCGACAGCGGCAGCAGCGGCUACUGGAGCUGGGACCACGGCAACGUGAGCCCCGCCCCCUCGCCGUCCGUCACUGAGAUGGACGGCAGCCUUGAUGAAGGCCUACAAAUGGAACUGGAUCAGGGAGAGGAGCUAAAUGCCAAAAAGCCAAAGAGCUCUUUCAGAGGUGUGUAUAAGUGUCUGUGGCCCGGUUGUGGCAAGGUGCUCACGUCUUCAGUCGGAAUAAAAAGACACAUCCGGGUGCUACAUCUGGGCAGUGGGUCAGAUCAGUCCCAGAGAGAAGAGGACUUCUACUACACCAAGAUCUCCUGUGAGACUGUGGAUGCCUGCUCCGUUCCAGCUCCUUUAGUUCCUCCAGCUCCUUCCCAGCAGGCUCUGGGCCAGGCUUCAUCCUCUCAACUCAGCUGGGCCUCCUGCGCUUCUACUGUGGCCUCGGGGCUCCAGAUCCCCCCAGAUCACAGACCCAGGUCCAACUCCAGCUCCGGGGCCGGCCCGAGCAGGCCCAGUCCACUCAGCCAGUCGGCCCCCAGCAGCUUCUGGCAGAUCCACUCCGAACAUCUCUAUCAGGCCUGUAGCCCCGUCCAGGUAUCUGUGGCCUCCAAAAGCCCCGGCUGCCAGGGUUGGACCCCUUCCGCCUCCGUCUCUGGUCCCAGUAACACUCCGGUGGUGAAAGCUCGCUGUCGGUCCGUCAGUGUCGGGGAACAGUGGCUCCAGCAGAACAGGCUGCAGCCUAUGAGCGCGUCGCCUUCCCGCACUCACUGCUCCUUCAGGAAGGGUCGCGGGGAGGCCAAAAAGUGCCGCAAGGUGUACGGAGUGGAGCGCAAGGACCAGUGGUGCACCGCCUGCCGCUGGAAAAAAGCCUGCCAGCGCUUCCCCGACUAAAGGCGGCAGCGCGAGCGAGAGACGGAAGACGUGGAUGGACGGAUGGAUGGAUAGAUGGAUGGAUGGAUGGAUGGAUGAGUGAUAAAAAAAAACUUUUAACUUUUAUCAAAAGAGAGGAUAUAAAUAAGGGCCCGAGAGCCGUCAAGGAAAACAACAGUUCUGUUUUUUGUUUUUUGUCUUACUUUUCAACUCUUUUUGUUUCUUUCCUAAAAGAAAUUGCAAAUGGACUUUUCUGUAUCUUUGUAACUUGAUCCUGAAAACUGAAGUCUGCGAUGGUGCUAACUGUUGACUGACUUUGAACAUGUGAUGUGCUAAGCCUACAAUACUCUCCUACUUUAUCCAAAGGUUCAUCUUUACUGCUCCUGUAGCUCCACUGUAUUAGACUGCUACUUGGCUGUUUUUCCUUCAUUCUAACCCUAUCUUCCAGUGGUUACACGGUGGUUAUGAUGUACAUUAUAUUGUGUGCUUUGAGUUACGUACAAGUAUUUUAUACCUUGUUUUUUUUUUUUUUUAAAUCGUCUCUUUCCGCCCGUGUAUCGGGCAGAUUAUCUUUUUUGGAAUUUACAUGUUUUUUGGCACUUUGUUGAAAUAUGAACUCACAAGAAUAAGCUACGUUUGGUUUCGACUCAACCAAGUACCUAUUUCCUUCCUGCCCAUGUGUUGGCAUACAACCAGUGUUAAUGGUUUAAUCCGUGAAGCUAUGGAGUCAUGGCAAUGAGACUAGCAUUAGGGGAAUGAGUUGGUAAUAGCAAUAAAAAAAAAAUAAAAGAGGAAAUAUAUUGUCAAACACAAAUUAAAAAGCACUGAGAAUUUGAAACUUA